AUGACCUUUUUCGACGGCAGCUACAAGAAGCCUCGCAAUGUAAAUUUAGGUAAUCGCAGCACAAUCACGCAAAGAGACCUGCUGCUCAAAGCUCAGAUCGAAAGGGAAAAUCGGGAGCAGGAGAGAUUAAGAUGGAAGUGCGCCAUAAAGAUAGAGAGCUUUUGGAGAGGAAGACGUGAGGUUCAGCUUGCAAAAGAUGCUGAAAGAUUAGUUUGGGACUCUUCAGCGCUGGAUCUCAUCCACAUCCAUCGUCAAACACAAUCGCUACUCUUCUUCUUCAACCCACGCCUAGAUCUUGGCAGGUUGGAUGCUCUGUCUACCGCACUGCUCGCCGCUGAUAGAAACGGUACUAUCACUCCUGUUAGCGCACAUGUUCCCAUGCAGUUGACUGACCAGACGCUCACACAACCAGUUCCAUUAUUUGUCUCGGCCUUCUUGCAGCAAACUCCUUCAUUCGUGUCGGAAUGGAUCUAUCUUCUCGAAAAAUUGCUACUGCUAUGUGUUGCUAAUUCUAUAAUCAAUGACAACGGAAUAGUCUUGAAUCUUGCAGAUUAUUGUGUUACUGGAGGGCUAUAUAGAAGUAUUGGAGAGUAUCUUGGGUCGAUAGCAACUGAACGCAAAUUAAGACCUCUUGUGUCGCUUAUGGUUGAUGUCGUCAACCAGACACUGAAUUUGCCUCUGACUAUCGGUCAUUCUCGGGCAUUCGCAUCAGAGAUCUUGACUAUACCGUUGCUACCUUUGAGAAUUCCGCUGGAUGCUGUGUCAACUCUUUCCGCAACUAUGCCCUUCGACGUGAUAUUACGAGAAAUUGCAGCAGCAGAUCUUAUACAACUGAUCAAGAAUACCAACAAAGUGACUGAAACCGAUGGAGUUGGCUCAUUAUUGACCAACAUACUCAUGUUUGGUCAGAGUCGCAUAUCGACAAUGUCUCCAGAAACGCUGUUUGACUAUGUGACGGCCUUGCAAAAGCUGCUACUUUCUAGUUCGGAUUUAUUCUUUGAACGCCGAGAUCCCACAGUACUCGAUGCAUCUAUUGAUCUAGGUGAUGAGGACGAAAUCAUGAUGCCUUUGAAUAGCCAAAAAGCGUCCAAACCAACACUCGACCGAAGACUGCUGAAAUGGCUCAAUAUAUUGUUUGAUCCAGCACAUAUGACUGCCAUUAUGAGGCUCAUGACCACUGUGGCUCUCACCAGCGUGUCAGUCGUCGACUCAAUUGCUCCCAUAGUGAAUUUUUUCCUGGCCCUCAUUGAUAGAUGGCCGGGACGUAAAUUAGAAGUAAUGGCCAUAGUUGGAGCAACAGGUGACAUAGUUGGAAUACUCUGUGACAAGCUUAUGCCUGCUUGGGAAGCAAGAUUUGGUGGCAGAGUGUCGUUUGAUGCUAUUACAGACCCGUCCAAUGCUUCGCUAUGGUCAGUUCUAGUGUUUGUGUGUGAAUUGUAUUCUAGAAUGCUGAUGACAAUGGGGGACGACGAAUUCUUUGGUGAAAAGACGUCGUUGAAGCUGAACAUGGUCGUUUCUCUUUCUCGAGUCCUCAAGAAUGUCACAUUUGGUCUCUACUGGAAUGACUCAGGACUGGUCGCCCCCUUAUACAUUUCUGGAACGACUCUAGUCAUGCAGCUAAUGCGUCAACUAUUCACUCAGCUUCUGUUUUCUCUUCACUCUCGAGAUUCCAGACGGCCAUUUGCACCACCAAAUCAUUGGCUAUCAACUUCAGAGAUUGAUCUACCUUCCUUUAUGGCGGCAGCAGUGCUAGAUGAUAGUGGAGAUUUGUCCUCAAGACAAAUGAGAGUCGUUGGUCCUCGUCAAGCCAUCCUCAACAACACACCAUUUGUCAUCCCUUUCGAAAAUCGAGUUAGUAUCUUUCGAGAAGAAGGAAUUGAUAACGAGUGGCAUAUGGCAGUAGCUAGCGCCACAAUUCGACGUAAAUAUAUUUUUGAAGACGGGUAUACAUAUUUAAAUGCACUAGGACCACGACUUAAAAACAAGAUUGCCAUCACAUUUGUUGACGACAAUGGGAUGGUUGAAGCAGGGAUUGACGGCGGUGGUUUAUUUAAAGAAUUCCUUACUGGACUCUCCAAACAAGCCUUUGACAUGAAUUACGGUUUGAUGUGCGAAACCAAAGACCACCUACUGUAUCCGUCACCACAGAGUUAUGCUACCCAAGAAGCGCAGUUGCUCCAGUAUCAGUUCCUUGGUAGAAUUCUUGGAAAAGCGUUGUAUGAAGGAGUUCUGGUUGACGUUUCGUUUGCCAAAUUCUUUCUUUCAAAAUGGCUGGGUCGACAAUCGUAUCUGGAUGAUUUGCCUAGCUUGGAUCCAGAACUGUAUCAAUCAUUGAUGUUUUUGAAGAAUUAUACUGGAGAUGUAGAAAAGGACCUGACAUUGACGUUUACGAAAGACGAAAACGAGUUUGGAACGACGAGGUCCAUUGAACUGAUUCCUGGUGGUGGAUCGAUACCAGUGACUCGUGACAACCGCAUUCGCUACAUCUAUCUAGUAGCCAAUUAUUGGUUGAAUCAACAGAUCGACAAGCAAUGUAGAGCCUUCUUCCAUGGACUGGUGGACUUGAUUGACCCAAGGUGGUUGAAAAUGUUCAACCAGGAGGAGCUUCAAAUACUGAUUGGUGGUGCUUCGAUGCCUAUUGAUUUGAGAGAUCUGCAACAACAUAUUGACUAUCAAGGUGGAUUCUCAACCGAACAUCCUACUAUCAAGGCUUUCUGGAAGGUUGUCGAUGGCUUCUCUGAAGAAGAGAAACAGUUGCUUCUCAAGUUUGUUACCUCAUGUGCACGACCUCCUCUGUUGGGCUUUGGUGCUUUGAGACCUCUGUUAUGCAUAAGAAAUGCUGGAGAUGAAGAGGAACGUCUGCCAUCUGCUUCGACCUGUGUUAAUUUACUCAAGCUACCGGCUUACAAAAGCGCGGAAAAACUCAAUCAAAAAUUGAUAUAUGCCAUCACGUCCAACGCUGGUUUCGACUUGUCGUAA